UGUGUCGGGGCGGGCAGAGGCGCCGGCGCUGCCCCGGCGAGGCGGGGCCGGGCGGGAGCGGCCCGAGCGCGGCUCCGCUCGGCUCCUGUGCGGCUGCCGCGGAGCCGGGGCCGGGCACGAUGGCGGCCGGGCUGGGGCCGGGGCUGCUGGCCUUGGCCUUGGCCUGGUGGCCGGCAGGGCUCUGGGCACAGCCGAGGCUGCAGGAGGCCGGCGGAGGGCUGCGAGCGCCCGGGGACUCCGUGACCCUCUCCUGCCGCGGGUCCGGAUUCACCUUCAAGGAUUAUCGUAUUUACUGGUACCGCCAGGCACCCGGAGGCAGCCUGGAGUGGGUGUCCUCUAUCAGCUCUCCCAGUGGCACUACACAGCGCUACGGGUCAGCAGUGGAGGGUCGGGCCAAGAUCUCCCGGGACAAUUCCCAGUCCGAGGCUUAUCUCUCAUUGCGGUCCCUGCAAGCUCAGGACUCUGCCCGGUACUUCUGUGCCAUCCCACGGGACUCAGCAAGCUACAAGCUUAUAUUUGGACCGGGGACGACUCUCACAGUUCAACCAAAUAUUUCAAAAAUUCCUGACCCUGAAAUCAUUGUGAUGAAAUCAAAGAAACUGGAAGAAGGUGGCAGUCCUGGCAAAGCAGCUUGUUUGGCAAGGAAUAUUCAGACAAAGAGCAUCAGCUUGGAGAUGCCCUCUAAGGAGGUCGUGUAUGAACAGAGCACAUCCAUUUUGACACCAGAGGGGCUGUACAAUGCAAUUCAAGUGGUCAGUGUGACAAACGACACAGAGGUGACCUGCACGGCCAAAUUCGACAGCAGCACGAUGACAGCACAGCCAGAAGAGGAGGCUGAAGAACCAGUGGCAGGGCCCAGUGAGAGGGUUUGCAACAGCACAGAGCCCUCAGCACAAGAUGCUGAAGGGCAGAGAGUGAACAUGCUGUCCAUGGCUGUGCUGGGUUUGAGAGUCCUGCUGGCAAAGAGCAUCGCCAUCAACACCCUCAUGAGUAUCAAGCUGUUUCUUCUCUGAGUCAUGGGGAAUGAAGGCGAGAGGAGCCCAAGGAAGAGCAGGAAAGAACGUGAACCAGCAGCACAAGGGGCUUGAACAAGCAGGGCCAGAGCAAUGACAGAGACCAGCCAGGACACAAGGCAGCAGCUUCCCCUGAAGACAUUGAACACUCUUCACUCCUGCCUGGCCAGAUGAUCUACACUGAACAGUUUGAAACAGCUUUUGCUGUUUGCUCUCCUCUGAGAACUGAGGGGAGUGGAUUUUUUCUCCUCUUCCUGCUAAGUAAUCUCCCCACUCCUGUGGCAUUUGCACACAAGUGUCCAAGCUGCUUCAAUAGCUUUCAAAACUCCAAUGCUCGCUCAAGAUAUCUGGGCUUUUAAAAGCAACUUCCCAGGCAUGUUGUGUUACUGCCUGUACCACUGCAGUAGUGCUGCUGAGGGAAUUCAAGCCCAGUCGUUGCCAUUUGUAACUUUGUGCUUUAGAUCGAUUUAAUAAGUGUCUAUUGCAGGUGAGAAAGAGCACUGUAGGAUUUGAAGUGAUGUCAUUCAAACAGAUAAUGCACAUUUAUUUAUUUAGCCUGUAUUUCUUUUGCCAAGUAUAUCUAAUGUGCAUUUUAGACUAAUUUAGUAGAGAUAGAAAUAAAGUUUUACUAGAGCAGAA